AUGUUCAGCGGAACGGUGCGCGUGAAGGUGUGCGAGGCUACAGGCCUCAGACCGACGGAUUUUCAGAAAAGGCACAACAUGACCUUCGGAAAGCCUGACGAUCAACCUAUAGACCCGUAUGUGUCGAUCGACGCCGACGAACACCAUUUAGACCGCUCCACUACGAAACCAAAGACAUUUGACCCUGUUUGGAAUGAGACCUUUAUACAAGAAGUUCAGAAUGCAACCAAUUUGGGUAUCACAGUGUUCCAUGAUGCUGCGAUACCUCCAGAUGAUUUUGUUGCAAACUGUACCAUCCCUUUUGAAGAUCUUAUGCACAGAGAAAAGGAUGCCACAGACUUUUGGGUGGAUCUUGAGCCACAAGGAAAAAUACAUCUCAAAAUUGAUCUGAAAUGGAAUUCACAAGUGGGUGCGGCUGCCUCAAGCGGUCCACGUCGCGAAUUCAAAGAGGGCGCAGGUUUCGCCCGACGACGGGGUGCGUUAAGGCGGCGGGUGCACCAAGUCAAUGGACACAAGUUUAUGGCGACCUUUCUGCGGCAGCCGACUUUCUGCUCUCAUUGUCGAGAGUUUAUCUGGGGUCUCGGAAAGCAAGGAUACCAGUGUCAAGUAUGCACUUGUGUGGUCCACAAAAGGUGUCACUCUUCUAUAGUCACCAAGUGCCCUGGAAUGCGAGAGGAGCAGAGCGUUUCCGGCGGGCAGCGUUUCAGCGUGAACGUACCACAUCGGUUCGUGGUACACUCAUACAAACGGUUCACGUUUUGCGACCACUGCGGUUCACUGCUGUACGGGCUUAUAAAGCAGGGGCUGCAAUGCGAGGUAUGCUCCAUCAACGUCCACAAGCGAUGUCAGAAGAAUGUCGCGAACAACUGCGGCAUCAACACGAAGGCGAUGGCAGCCAUACUCAGCGAGAUUGGUAUCAGCCCGGAUAAGAACCCGCGGCCUAGAGCUUCCAAGUACUUGAACACACCGAUGCUAGAGGGGGCGCCAGAUUUUAUUCCAGAAGACGGUAAAGAUGACAGGCAGGAUGACAAAGAGUUGGACGAGGGACACAAGCUGUGGGGCGCGCAGUGGGACGAGCUGCGAGAUAUAUUCGCCAGUUACCAAGGUGUGCAACAAGAGAUAGUAGUGCAGCGGUCAGCAUGGGACGAACUAGAAGAUAUUUUUGGUUGUAAACAAGGCCUGGGAGGUGAUGGUUCUGGCGGAGAUGGUGGGGCAAAGGUUUCAUUAGAUGAUUUUCACUUCAUCAAAGUGCUUGGGAAGGGCUCUUUCGGAAAGGUUAUGCUCGCUGAGAAGAAGGGAACUGAUGAGGUGUAUGCCGUAAAAGUGCUGAAGAAAGACGUGAUAAUCCAAGACGACGACGUAGAGUGCACGCUGACUGAGCGGCGGGUGCUGGCGCUGGCUGCGCGCCACCCCUUCCUCACGGCGCUGUACUGCGCUUUCCAGACGCCCGAACGCCUCUUCUUCGUCAUGGAGUACGUGGAUGGUGGUGAUCUUAUGUUCCAGAUACAGCGCGCUCGGAAGUUUGACGAGCCUCGGGCCAGAUUUUACGCGGCGGAAGUUACGCUGGCUCUGCAGUUUCUGCAUUCACACGGCGUCAUCUAUCGUGACCUGAAGUUAGACAACAUCCUGCUCGAUAGCGAAGGCCACUGUAAGCUGGCUGACUUUGGCAUGUGCAAGGAAGGGAUCAUCGAUGGUGUUACAACAACGACGUUUUGUGGAACGCCUGAUUAUAUUGCACCAGAGAUUCUGCAAGAGCUGGAAUAUGGUCCAUCAGUGGAUUGGUGGGCGCUGGGAGUGCUGCUAUACGAGAUGUUGGCCGGACAACCGCCUUUCGAAGCGGACAAUGAAGAUGAUCUUUUCGAGAGCAUCUUGCAUGAUGAUGUUCUUUAUCCCGUCUGGCUGUCAAAGGACGCUGUUUCCAUACUAAAAGGUUUUAUGACGAAGAACCCGUCGCGUAGACUGGGCGUGGUCGGCGGUGAGGCUGGCAUCAGAGCUCACUCGUUCUUCCGGGACAUGGACUGGGAAGCACUCGCCGCUAGACGCCUUCGCCCGCCUUUCCGACCCAAGGUGAAGAGCAAGCGUGAAGCGGCAAACUUUGAUGCGGAAUUUACCAAAGAGGACCCUUGUCUUACGCCUGUCCCCGCAGACGUGCUGCGAGCCAUUAACCAGGAGGAGUUCCACGGUUUCUCCUUCGUGAACGCAGAUUUCAACCCGCUACGCGAUGAACGACCGGCUCAGUGA